AUGGGGGAACACGAGGGGACAUGGAGGGGACACGAAGGGACACGGGAGGACACGGGGGCGCCCGGGGAGUGUGGGGACACCGAGGUGACCGUGAAGCCCCCCCAAGUGCCACCCUCCCGCUGUGGCCGUGUCCCUGCCGAGCCCCCCGGGCACCGAGCGCAGCCCCCGGGACCCCCCGCGUGGGACGCGGAGCCCGACGGGACAAAGUGUGCGCCGUGUGUGGGACAGGCCAGCGGGUACCACUUCCACGUCAUGAGCUGCGAGGGCUGCAAGGGCUUCUUCAGGCGCUCCGUCAUCAAAGGCGUGCGCUUCACGUGUCCCCUGGCGCGGCGCUGCCCUGUCACCAAGGCCAAGCGGCGACAGUGCCAGGCCUGUCGCCUGCAGAAGUGCCUGGACGUGGGCAUGAGGAGGGACAUGAUCAUGUCGGAGGAGGCGCUGGGGCGGCGGAGGGAGCUGCGGGGACAGCGGGGACAGCCCGGGGGACAGCGGGGACAGCCCGGGGGACAGCGGGGACUGACGGCCGAGCAGCAGGAGCUCAUCGCGCUCCUCAUCGCCGCGCACCGGCGCACCUUCGACUCCAGCUUCUCCCACGCCCGCUGUCCGCAGCCCGCCGUGCGCCUGUUCGUGCCCAGCCCGCCGGGCGCGGCUGGCACCGCCGAGCUGUCGCUGUCGCCGUCGCUGUCCCGCCGCGAGGAGGCGCUGCCGGACGCGCUGUCGCUGCUGCCGCAGUUCGCCGACCUGAGCACGUUCAUGAUCCAGCAGGUGAUCAAAUUCGCCAAGGAGAUCCCGGUCUUCAGGUCCUGCCGCGUGGACGCGCAGAUCUCGCUGCUGAAAGGGGCCACGCUGGGCAUCUGCCAGAUCCGCUUCAACACCGUCUUCACGCCGACACCAAGGCCUGGGGAGUGCGGCCAGCGCUGCUACACCAUCCGCGACGGGGCCGCAGCCGGCUUCCAGCAGAUCUACCUGGACGAGCCGCUGCUCAAGUUCCACCAGAGCCUGCGGCGGCUGCGGCUGCACGAGGCCGAGUACGCGCUGCUGCAGGCCAUGCUGCUCUUCUCGCCGGACCCACAGCGGGCAUCGCCCAGCGCGAGGUCAUCGACCAGUUCGCAGGAGGAGGUGGCGCUGACCCUGCAGAGCUACAUCGAGCACCAGCACGAUGCCCGCGGCGAGGGCAGGUUCCUGUACGCCAAGCUGCUGCUGCUGCUGACCGAGCUGCAGACGCUGAAGGCGGAGAACACGCGGCAGAUCCUGCACAUCCACGACCUGUCCGCCAUGACGCCGCUGCUCUCCGAGAUCAUCAGCUGAGCCCGGGCGCCGCUGUCACCUCCCCGGGUCCCCCAAUGCCACCCGCGGGCCCGCACAGGGCGCAGAGUAAAGCUCCUUUAUUC